CGUGAGUUUUUUUUUUUCAAAGUUCACCGGGAAACACAGCUGCUCCGAACUUUCUGUUCUGACCGGAGAAAACUGAAGAACGUCUUCAGGAUGGCAGAGAGACCAUCGACAGGAAAGACCGCUGCAUCGCUGGACUUCCUGCAGUUCAACGACCUCGCCUGCGAGGCGAUUGGAGGGAAGGUUAUUUUUGCCACAGAUGAGUGGUUUGCUCCAGCCAGAAACCUGCUAAAGAGAGAGCCUCCGCAAUUCGUUGCUUCUGCCUUCACAGAGUUUGGAAAGUGGAUGGACGGCUGGGAGACGAGAAGGAAGAGGAUCCCUGGUCAUGACUGGUGCAUCAUCCAGCUGGGCGUGCCCGGUCUGAUUCAUGGAUUUGAUGUCGACACGUCUUUCUUCACGGGAAACCACUCGCCUUACGUCUCCAUCCAGGCCGCCUGUCUCGAGGAGCUGCCCUCCUUCACUCCUGGGGACGAUCGGACCGGCAUGGCCGCCACCGAAGCUCAGCUUGCUGCUGUUGCAAAGCUGAGCUCGGAGGUUUGGCCAGAGCUGGUGAGCGUGUCGGAGCUGCAGCCUGGAUACUCAGACUGCUGUCACAACUACUUCAGAGCCAGCUUUAAGAGGAGAGUCACACACCUGCGCCUCAACAUGUAUCCAGAUGGAGGAAUAGCCAGGCUGAGGGUGUUUGGCAUCGGGCAGAGGGACUGGUCCUCCGUCUCCACCAACCAGCAUGUCGACCUCAUAGCAAUGACCAAUGGGGGAGUCUGCCUCGGCUACAGCGACGCCCACUUUGGACACCCACGCAACAUGAUUGGACUUGGCCGAGCAGCAAACAUGGCCGACGGAUGGGAAACAGCCCGCCGAUUAGACCGACCCCAAAGGCUGAAGGCCGACCGGCGGGGGAUCCUCCAGGUGCCUGGCUGGGAGUGGGCGGUGUUUCGUCUGGGUCAUCCGGGACUGAUCCGCAGCAUUGAGGUGGACACCAACCACUUCAAAGGAAACUUCCCGGACUCCUGUCGGAUCGAAGCGUGCCUUUUAACCCCCGAAGAGGAGGUGCAGUGCGUCCAGACCAGAUGGAACUCUGGGAAAUGGGAGGUUCUUCUUCCAGCUCAGAAGCUCCGUCCUCAUCACAGGCACCACUACACCGAAGCAGAGCUGACGCUGAACCGCCCCGUCAGCCACGUUCGGCUCGUCAUUGCUCCUGACGGCGGAGUCAGCCGCCUCCGUCUGUGGGGUCAGCUGACAUCGGUCGCCGGGGCUCCAGCCAAUCAGAACAGACCGCUGUCCAAACUGUGACGUCGCUGGCCUCCACAUGCCAGAGGGUUGAAGAUCUUCUUCAUAACUUACAACUGCAGGAGGAGAAUUAUUGUGAUGGUCAGAAUGUAAAAGGUUUAACGUCUGUUUUAAGUCUACGAGAUUAAAAGUGGAAUGGGAAAUUUGA